AUGUCUUACCUAUUUCCACCCGAUAAAUCCCUCCUUUACCCACAAUUUGAGACCUAUAAACUCCAGUCCCUAGACUCCGAUAACGACUUAUUGGAAUACCCCUUACCUGAGCCUGGCUCAACGCAGAGUAGGGUAGGGUACAAUACCUCUUCGUAUCUCAGCUUCAAAGAAGUCAGGAAUAGAAUUGGAUGGGAUCAUCUUUCGGUGAAUGCAGAUGGUGUGGGAGUGUAUGUAGACAAAGAUUGGGGGGUUGUAGGCUUCAUCGUUGGUGACGAUUUGCAACCGACAUUCUCCAAGCUCGCUUCCUUACCACUUCCAAUCUCAUCUGGCGAACAGCAAUCCGAAUUCCCAUCUGUGUCACCUUUGACCCCGACGACAUGGGCAGUAUCGUCAGGUUCAGGGUCAUUAUACGUACUGGAGACUACCUCACCUGACGAGGCAGGCUCUUUACAAGGCCAGUUCAUCGCUAAAUACGACCUCCCUUCUUCCAACCUUAACCUUGACUCAAACGAACCAUCGCCAUUCCUCCUCCGUGCAUCACAUACAAUAUCGACCGAACAAGUGAGCUUGCUAAUAACAAGAUCGAUAAAGGCGAACGAAGGCAAGAAGACGAUAAAGUCAUCACAGUUGACGACAUUCGAACUAAUCGAAAUUGCCCUCGACCCAUCUGCUCACAAUGCGGUAGACGAACAAGAGGAAGUUGAGAAAUUAAGGGUGAAUUGGAAGUUAAGCAGUGACGAUCUACCUAUUCAUUGUCAUUACUCUACGGAGCAUAGUGGAUGGAUCGUACUGUCUCCCGAAGAGUAUAAGCUGCCUUCGAAGGAAGAUAGUGGGGAAGAGGAAAGUAAGGAAGAUAAGGAGAAGAGGGAGAGAGAAGCGAAAAUCGCAAAACUUGGUUUAGGUGCUUCUAUACCUCCUUCACUUGUCACUUCCGAAAUUGAAGAGAAGAUGGAAGUAGAAAAUCAUGAGGAAGAAAAGGUAUAUCCAUACCAGUGGACGCAGGAUUCAGAAAGCCUGAAUAUUAUCAUCCCACUUCCCAAAUCGGUAACUCGUCAAGAUAUCAAAUUGGACCUUACUUCCACCUCACUCUCGUUCUCUCUCUCACUUACUUCCGAUAUAUCACCUCAACUCGAUCAAUUCGUCAAAAAGCAAACUCGAGCCUUAUGGACCAACAUCGAUCCGGAAUCAUCCACAUGGAGCUAUGAUCCAUCAAAAUCUCAAGUCGAGAUUGACCUAUCAAAGGUAGACCAUAAUGUCAGAUGGCCAACGGUAUUCUCAUACGAUGACGAGGAAGAAGAGGAAGUGCCGGAGACACUAUCAGAAGCGACUUUGGCAGCCGUAAGGGAAUCUUUCAACUCUAUUAAAACUAGAUCAGAAGGUGAAGGUGAUCCACCAAGUUCGCAUCCUGCUAUGCCAGCUUUGUUGAGGGAAGAGAUGGAUUUCGAUCUUGAUGACGAUGAAGAUCCUUUGACGGAGAAUCAAGGAUCGUUCGAUGAGACUGGUAAGAUCGGCAAAGAAGUUUUCAUUGGUUUUAUCCAGCAACAAGAUCAUACUGAGGAAUCAAACAAAAUCAAAUUGGAUUGGUCCAAAACUACAACAUCAGUCUUAUCUACACCAUUAUCCAAUGAAGAAUAUGGAAUAAUAAUCAAAUCCGCCGUAGAUGGAUUAUUAUAUUCCCCUCAGUCACAGUCGCAAACACCGGAAGACAUGACGAGAAAACCUUGGAAACACCUAUCGACCAAUCCUGCUUUAGCCUUUGUCUUAUCAAGUAAGAGGGAUCUAAGAUUGAUUAAGCACUUUACUACCACAACUAUCUCUUCACAGGAAGUUCAUCCUCAUGAACAUGCCGAACCUACUUCACCUUCAUCAUCCAAACGACUAAAGACCUCUUCGGCUUCGGGGGGAGGAUCGAGAACGACAGUGCUGGCGUUCGAUUCGGGAAGCUCGGUAGGACAAGGUAAUCUAUAUGUGUACUACCCCCCUGCGGUUGGAGAUAGAAAUACAGCUAAACAGGGUGUCAUACCUGUCAGUGGAGGUGAAAAAGGUGCGCUGUUAGGCGUUGGUCAUGUCAAAGUGAGAGGAAAAAAUUUGGUGGUAGUCCUGACAGAGAAGAGUUUGGUGAUCGUUAAAAAUGUCAUAUGA